UUCACUGAAGGUGAUACUAAUUAUUCGCGAGUCAUCACUUCAAAUAAGAGGGCAUUAGACUCUCUUUCCAGAAUUUUUCCUGAGGCAAAAGCUUCGGAACUCGAGGUUUCUUGUAGUAAAAGAGGAAGGUUGCAGGUAAAAAUGUUUGGUCAGGGCAAGAGGACAUCUCCCUUGUAUACUGAAGAAAAGGGUACGAAUAAGCAAAGGUUGAAUCCAUCAGUCCCAAAUCAAAUCAAAACCUCACUUGGCUCAGAGCAAGAGGUUUUCAUUGCUGAGAAGGAGAAAGAAAUUGAAGGGAAACAGAAGUCUAUUCAGGAGAAUCGGGGGAUUGACGAUGAUGAGAAUGAAGAUCGAGCAACAAGAGAAAGAGCAAGAGAUAGGAUAAUAGAAAAUCAAGAGCAGAUUGAUGCUCUUGAGAAUGAGAGAGAAGAACUUGAAGAGAGCACUUCACUAAGAGAGAGAGUGAGAAACAUAUUCAAGAAAUACGGAUUCAAAGUCUCAACUAUU